CUGCAACUUAUCUUCGGAAGAAAUCCUUCCCAAGAUUUCUGAGUGUUAAGCUUUUGAUCUGGAAGGACGCAGUCACUGAACCAUUUCACCCUACUUCACGGCAAAACACAAUUCUCCCCUUGUUUGGGCGCAUACAAAGCAGAAAAGUUUUUUUACUACAAUGUUGUAGACGUGCAGUCGAUUAACGGCUGAACUUCGUGAAGUGACCACAUUUUUUAGAGGGCCGAUUCUUCCCACAUGAGAGCAGCAAAUGUGAGCUCUCUGCUGAGGCAGUUGCGAUAUCCGUAUGCUACAUGGCAAUGCAGCGUUCCCGCUAGCCCAUAUGCUGCAGCCAAAAGGGAUCUCACGAAGCAAGGGCUAGCCAGCUUGCCUGGCAGCCAGGGAUGGGAAAGAAGGUUUAGAAUGGGGACCAGCAGCCAACAGGCUGCAGCAUCGGCCUCCGCAGAGUCAUAUUCGACUGCAGAGAUGUGCCGGGCCGUGGAAGCUGAAUUAGGAAAGCUCAGCACAGCGCCGUCGAUUCCUGCGCUGGAGCCAGUGAAGGUGGUCAUCAGUGGACCAAGCGGUGUGGGCAAGGACGCUGUCAUAAAGGAUCUCCAGGCCAAGCGGCCCGACCUGCACUUUGUGGUCACUGCAACUUCCAGGCCGAAGCGGCCAGGGGAGGUGGAGGGCGUUGAUUACUUCUUUGUGAGCAAGGAGCAGUUUGAGGAGUGGAUCCGCUCGGAUGAGCUGCUGGAGUGGGCUCUGGUCUAUGGCGAGUACAAGGGCAUCCCCAAGACACAGGUUUUGGAGGCGCUCGCGCGGGGCACGAAUGUGAUCUUCCGGCUCGACAUCCAGGGCGCCCAGACUGUGCGCCGGAAAUUCCCAGACGCGGUCUCCAUCUUCCUGGUGGCUGAGUCAGAGGCUGCGCUGGUCAAACGUUUGAUCGACCGAAAGACAGAGCCAAUGGACAAGAUGAUCACGCGUGUGGAGACUGCCCGGCAGGAGAUGCAGCACAUAGGGGAGUUUGACUAUGUGGUGCUGAACAAAGAUGGGGAUCUGGAAGGGGCGGUGCAGCAGCUCGAUGCCAUCAUCACUGCAGAGCGACAGCGCACACACAGGAUCCGAUGGCAUGACUCAGCGCCCAGUCAGCUCCCCAGCCGCGUAGCCGCUCCCGAGAAGCUGCCAGAGAUGCAGAAGUGCUGACACCCGCUGCAGGCCUUUGCAUAUCCGUGUACAGUAGUAUAUAGUGCCCCAAUGCCUCAGUUGGACGUGUGCUUGUACACCAGUAAAAUUGCUGCAUUGAGAAGGUUCCUCGAGAGAUAGUUGGCUUAGAUUUUCUUGACAGCUUCGUUUGCACCAGCUCUGAGAUAGCCAGUCUGACUGACUAUUGCAGGAUGCAACAUCCUCUAAAAUACAACAAUUGCUUGGAU